AUGGAAGUAAGUGCCAUGUUGCCCAUGCCCUUGGACUUUUCAAUGGUUAGGAACGGAUCGCCCGGGAUAAGGGAGGAAUCGCCAAAAGUGUCGAAUAGUGCUUUCCGCAUUGUCACCCCCAAAGGUGUGUCAGCCAGUGAGGCGCUAAGAAACGGACUCUGUCAGUCACUAUGGGGAGCCACCAGCACACGCCCUGACACCAGAUUAACACCACCACCACCACAAAGCCUGGAGACGUAUUCUAGCAGAGAUGAAAUCAAAUUCGGAAUCAGCCGCUUAGUAGGCGAGCGUACUGAUGAAGAAGACAGUGAGUCCCACAACAACGAGACAAGAACAGACGACAUUUCCCCGACAUCCCAAUGUGGUAGCCCCUGCUGGGCCCCCUCCCCACCAUCACCACGUUCGGUCCGAUCAUCAUCCCCCGAACUAGAAGUCGACUCUCCCCCAUCAUCACCCAGACGACCCCCGGAUUCCUCCCCAACCCUUAAGCGAUCAGAGGCCUUCUCAGUCAGUGCUUUAUUAAGACCUGACGCUCCAAGAACACAGCCGCACAGACCGUUUCUUUAUCCCCCACUGCCUUUUGCGGAGUUUUUAAGAGAUGCUGGAAGUCUCAGUCUCCCUGGGUGGGGGGGAUAUAGUAACCUUUACUUGCAUGCUGUGCAGGCCGCUGGGCCCGAGUUAUUACGGCUUAGAGCAGCUGUGCUAGGAAACCCCAGUCCUCUAUCCAGACCUCUACCAAUUGGGGAUGUGUAUUCAUGCGUCAAGUGUGAGAAGAUGUUCAGUACUCCCCAUGGGUUGGAGGUCCACGCUCGUAGAUCUCAUAAUGGGAAGCGGCCGUUCGCUUGUGAGCUAUGUAGCAAGACGUUUGGACAUGAAAUCAGUCUUAGCCAACACAGGGCUGUCCACAGCGUAGAAAAAGUCUUCGAGUGCAAACAAUGCGGGAAGACCUUCAAGCGAUCAAGUACGCUGUCUACUCACCUGCUAAUACACUCGGACACUCGGCCGUAUCCCUGCCAGUACUGCGGAAAGCGGUUUCAUCAGAAGUCUGACAUGAAGAAACACACAUACAUACAUACCGGCGAGAAACCCCACAAAUGCCAAGUGUGCGGAAAAGCCUUCAGCCAGUCAUCAAACCUAAUAACACAUUCGCGAAAACACACCGGUUUCAAACCGUUCGCGUGUGAGCUCUGUGGUCGCGCGUUUCAACGUAAGGUGGAUCUCCGAAGGCAUAGAGAGACUCAACAUGCGGACCUUCGCAAUGCGCAGCAUAUGCCACCGCAUACGGACGUGCAUGCCAUGCACCCCGAUAUGCAUGUGCCGGAUCAUAGAAUCGAUCUUCGCCCAACUCACCCUGACAUCCGGCCCGACUACCGGAGUCUCAGUACCGCAGUCCCACCUCUUCAGCCAUUACCUUCUUGA